AUGCCGGACGCGUGGCUGCACCACCGAAACACUCACGCACACAUUGUGCACCCGUCACCUGUCCGCGCGCACUCUUACCCUUUCCACGCGUAUGGUGCAGGUGCAGGUGCAGGUGGGGGUGCACCGAGUGGGAGUGGGUAUUACGGCUCCUCCCUCGGAUCUCCAUCGUCAUCCUCAACUUUGCAUCAUCCUUUCUCCUCAUCCUCCUCAAACCUUUACAGCCACCACCCUCAGCAUCUCAACACGCACCAUCUGCAUCACCCGAACCCCUACCAACAGCAAUCCACGUUCUCUUCCUCCUACUCCCAGUACUCCUACUCUCAUUCCAGCGGAGGAGGCUUCCGAGGAUCCGAUCUCCCCUCCCCGCCCCUUUCAACCUCCGCCAUGCCACCUGACCCGUGGAACUCUGGUGCUUCCGACAGAAUGAGCCCCUCUGACGACGGGGCCAACCACGACUGGACCAACGGUCACAGCAAACACUACCAAAACGGCGGCGACUACGACGACUACGCCGCCCGAAACAACAGUUUCUCAUCACCCUCACACAAACAUAUCAUCCCGCCCAUGGGACCCAUGAUCCGGACAUCAUCACAUAACCACAAGGCCCUCAAGAAGCUGCCGGCGCCCUACAUGCUGGAGACAUGGGCCAGUCUCAUGGACAAGAGCAAAGGACGAGACAAGGUUCUGAAAACGGUCCAAUACACGUUCCGUACGUAUCUCUACGUUCUUGGAUUGAUCGCGUCGGUGCGACCACUGUCUCGAUGGUUCCUUGCGAGCGAGAAGCGCACAAAGCAGUCAGUUGCUGGUCUGAGUUUGACGCGCAAAUGCCUGCUCCUCCUGAACCCGCUCCGACCGAUUGGAGCUCUUAUCUCGCCGGAACCCACCAGCGCUCGAGACUUCCUGGGUCACAUCGUCGACCUCGCUAGCGCCAUCGCCGAUGACAUCUUCUGUCUGUCCAAGCUCGGACUCCUGUCGCGACGGAAAGGAGUCAUUGCCGACAACUGGGCCAACCGACUGUGGUUCACUACGACUCUCACAGGACUGUACGGUCUGUACGUCAACUCGUUCAAGGACCGGGACCCAGAGGAGGAGCGCAAGGACGACUGGAAGCGGGUCAAGUAUCUGUGCGACCUGACCUUUGUCUCAUACGACAUCUUUGGCUUUACGUGGGCCAAGGAGCCCAUUCAAUGCGUCGCCGGUCUCAUGGCCGCCAUCAUCGCCACGGGCCAGCUCUACGACAAGGAGUGGCAGCACCUCAUCUCGAGACACGAGGUCGACGGCCUCGGCGUCAUCGCGAAGAAGUCGCAAGUGUAA